AUGCCGUUUGCUGUUAAAGAUGUUCUUCAACAUAAACGUAAUGAACGUCAAAUACGUGAAAUUCAUGAACGUGAAUAUUUAAAAUAUAUUUCAACUCUCCAACAACAAUCAUUUCCAUCUAAUCUAUUUCAUUUAUCAAGUGAAUACAUUAAAGAAAUUGAACGUUCACAAUUAAGAUAUUUAUUUAAUAAAAAUAUACAAUAUGAACGUAUUCAACAGGAAAAUAAUUUAUUAACUCAACGUUUAUUUAAAACGAAUAAACAAACAAUGAUUGAUAAUAAAAACAAUAAAUAUCAACAAAAUUUAGAUAUAUUUAAAUCAAAAUAUACUCAACAACGUUCAAAUGAAUAUCAACGUAUUAAAAAUGAAAAUCAUCUUUUAAGUCAACGUAUAAAUAAUGUACGUGGACAAGUCGUUAACAAACAACAAUGUGAUCAAGAUUGGCAAAGACAAAUUAAAGUUAUGAAAAAAUCGUGUGAUUAUCCAGAACAUAUUGAUCAAUUUGUAUCGAAUAAUAAUACAAAUCAAUAUAGAAAAACAUGCAAAUGGAAUCAACGAUAUCAUAAUAUUCAACGUUCUUCGAAAAUAACAGCACAUCCAAUAGCGUUAUUACUUGAAUUAUCUGAUUAG